CGUUCAACAGCUUCAGUCGUUCUUGACUCUUCGACCACGGCGAUUAUCGAUUCGAAGCAGCGAUAGCGGUGGGCAAGAUUAAGUUGGUGGAUUCGUGUAUCUUCUUCACAGAGUGCGAGAAACAUGCGAUCUCUUAAGUGUUUUGUGCCGGUGCUGGUACUCUUAUACCUAGGCAGCUCGUCCGCGAGACCUGGUGUGCUCCUGGAUGCGCUAAAGAACCACAAAGGCACGCUGUUAGAUCCACUGGGUCUGUUUCACAAGGAACCUAAAUCUUCGAGCCAUUCGUUCGGCAGCAAUCACCACUUGGAUUUAGGACCACUUUCAAUUUCGCGCACUGUAGCCAUCUCUUCGGCAACGGCCCAAGGCAAUGGUGUUGCGAACUCCGCUGCCAACGCGAAUUCUCAGGCCCUUGGGGGAGCCUCUGCGAAGGCCGACGCCAGUGCAACUGCUAACGCUCAAGGAAAUGUUCAAAGCAACGCGGCCUCUGCCAGUGAAGCUCUCGUCAUUCCUCAAAGACGACCUCCUGAAACAUUAAUCGGUUCUCCAUACCGUUUCGAGGGAUACAAUCGAGGGAUUCACGCACUUCCUCCAGUCUAUGCACCUCCUGCAUAUCCUCCUCCGAUGUAUCAUCAUCAUCGUCAUCAUCAUCAUCAUGGGCGUCCACAAGUGAUCGUACAUCCGAUGUCUCCAGCUCGACAGCCUCCACAGAUUCCUCAUCCUCCUCCCAACAAUGGGGACACACUGAUUCCAGUGGUAGUGAUGAAGGAACCGGUAUACGGUAGACCGAUGUAUCCCCGACCUGAUCUCGAACCUGGUCCAGAACCCGAAACCGUCGUGAUCGUACUCGAGGAGUCGCCGCAGCAUGGCCAAGCAGGCGGAUUUGGAAAGAGUAACUACAACCAACCAACCGGCUUCCAACCUGACUAUCCGACCGGCUAUGGAGGAUCCAACGCCAACGCAAACGCUAAUGCCAUUGCAAACGCUAAUGCCGUUGCAAACGCAAAUGCUAAUGGUUUUGCAAACGCAAACGCUAAUGCAAAAGCGAUCGCCAGUGCUGGUACUGGCCUCAACGGUGGUUACCCUGGAUCAUCAGGCCCUGUUCAAGGAUCGGGAUACUAUCCAGGAAGUGCUCCAACCACUUCUAUCGGGGCGAACAAUCCUUUCUUAAGUGGAUCUUCUCAAGGAAACGCCAACGCAGCGGCUAAUGCUAAUGCAGGCGCCGUCGCCAAUGGAAACGCAUAUCCAGUAGCAUCAGCGCCAGCUCAGGGUGGAAACUAUUAUCCAAACAAUGCACAAAAACCCAUUGGAGCGUACAAUCCAUUCCUGAGUGGUCAAGGUCAAGGACUUGCAAAUGCAGGCGCCAAUGCUAACGCAAACGCCGGUGCAAACGCUGCAGCAAAUGCUGGCGCAGUUGGAGGGUCUCAAGGACAAUUCGGUGCACAAAAUCCCUUCCUUAACUCUGGAGCUAAGGAAGCUGGAGGUCCACAUGAACUUGGACAUUACGUAUCUGAUAAUAGUGGAGCAACAACUGGAAAUACACAGGGAAUUAAAGCACCAUAUCCCAGUCAGGGCAGUGCACCAGGAGGCUACGGACCGACUACAGGAUCAGGAGCGAAUGCCGGGGCCCUUGCUAAUGCCAAUGCUGGCGCAAACGCAGCUGGAAUUGGUGGAGCAUACGGUCAACCGAUUAAAGAGGCUCCUAUAGUCAUACCUGCCAGUCCACAAAUAAAUUACGAAACUGUACCAAGUGGAUCGGGCAGUGCAUUUGGAAAUUCUGGACCAGGCAAUGGUAACUACGGUAUUCCUACGAAGGAUGCUCCUAUCUAUGGACCCUCUGCACCAACUUACGGUCCUGGAUCCAGUGGAGUAAGCAAAGCUGACGCUGGAGCUAAUGCUGGUACUGGUGCUGGUGCAUCAGGCAGUGGAAAUGGUGGUUAUGGUGGUACUCCAAACCAAGGUGCCCCUAUUUAUGGAGCACCUGGAUCCGCUUUUGGUAAUGGCGCUGCUGGAACUGCCGGUGCAAAUGCUGGAGCAAAUGCAGGAGCACCUGGAUCUGGAAGUGGAAUCGGUGGAUAUGGUGCUCCAACCAAAGGUGCCCCUAUUUACGGAACGCCUGGAUCUGCCUUUGGUAAUGGCGCUGCUGGAGGCGCCGGUGCAAAUGCUGGAGCAAAUGCAGGAGCACUUGGAUCUGGAAGUGGAAUCGAUGGAUAUGGUGCUCCAACCAAAGGUGCCCCUAUUUAUGGAACGCCUGGAUCUGCCUUUGGUAAUGGCGCUGCUGGAAACGCCGGUGCAAAUGCUGGAGCAAACGCAGGAGCACUUGGAUCUGGAAGUGGAAUCGGUGGUUAUGGUGCUCCAAGCAAAAGUGCUCCUAUUUAUGAAACGCCUGGAUCUGCCUUUGGUAAUGGCGCUGCUGGAAACGCUGGUGCAAAUGCUGGAGCAAAUGCUGGAGCAAAUGCUGGAGCAAAUGCAGGAGCACUUGGAUCAGGAAGUGGAAUCGGUGGUUCUGGUGCUCCAAGCAAAGGUGCUCCUAUCUAUGGAACCCCUGGAUCUGCCUUUGGUAAUGGCGCUGCUGGAAACGCUGGUGCAAACGCUGGUGCAAAUGCUGGAGCAAGUGCUAAAGCUGACGCUACAGCAAAUGCUGGAAGUACUGGAUCAAGUGGAGUCGGUGGCUUUGGAAGCCCAAUCAAAGGCGCUGGAAGUGGAUUCGGUGGAUCUGGAGCCGGUGGAUUUGGAGGAGCUUCCGCUAGUGCCAGUGCAAAGGCUGAGGCUUCCGCCACUGCUGGAGGUGCUGCUGGUGGUUAUGGCGAUUCAGGGGCUCACGGGGGCUCAAACGCAGUUUCCAGUGCAAACUCGAACUCGUUCGCCAAUGGAGGUUCUGCCAACAGCAGUUCGUCCGCCAAGUCGACCGCUUUUGGAAGUGGAAAUGGAGGAGCCAGCGCAAAUGCACAGGCGUCGAGCAAAGCUUCGUCGGGAUCCGGCGGCAGUUCCGCCUCUAGCUCCGCUUCCGCCAACGUAGACACACACAGCAUGCUCAUCUUCAGCAACUAAUCGUCCAAACGUCCGAAUCAAAUCGUUAAUCGUUAAUUACUGCUUGCUCAAGCUAUUUAGCCAUGGAGAAAUUGGAUGCCAUAACCCGUGUCAUCACUCUGAAGGUUUUAGGAUACUCUUCUGAUUCGUGAACAUGCGAUUAAUAAUAGCGUGUAGGACCUGAAACACGCCAAUAAGUCGAGAGUUAAAGAUACAACGAUCAACGUCGAUAUUCGAUGCGUCGAACGUUGAUACACCGCGAUUAAAAUCGCAAGAUCGUACUAUUGUAAGCGAGAUUGAACAGAAAUUGUAAUUGUUUUGCAUUUUGUUCGUGGUGUGUUAUGCAACGAGUUUUAUUGCGCUUCGAUCUUACCGGCGAAUCGGGAUGAAUAGAGUUCCAUCGGUGUUCGUCGAGUUGAACGUUUAAAACCAAAUUUAUUGUCAUUUGUGAUACCGUUCUUGCCAAUGCACGAAGCAUAGAGAGCGUACUCUGUUUCAUCGAACUCUCGAUAUCCUUUCCGUUAACGUUAAUAUCGGAUAUUACGCUUGUGUUCAUUGAUUUGAUCAUCCUAUCGAACUGUAAUAACAGCUGGUUUAGAAACUUUUCAGAGUGUCUUCCUCCUAUCCUUUUUUAAUCUUCUCGUAUAUGUGGAUAAUACUCUAAUUGUACUCUAUUUAUCAGUAUAAGAUUAGCUUCCUUUUAACGUUAUAAUAGGUAUCUAAAACAGAUAGAACGUUAUCUCUGCGAAAAUAUAUGUCAUUAAAUAUACUAUACGUUGGUGUUACUUGUGUAUCGUGAGAAACUAUUUUCAUUGUAAGUCGUGGUUGCCUGUAAGCACAGAUAGCGUUUUGUCUGUCUGUAUUUGUACGUAUGCGAUAUUGUCACGAAUAUCAAAUUUACGUUGUAGCGUUCUAAACAUGACUAUCGAUAAUAAAAAGAAAUUUUUAUAUUAAUUUAUAUGCAAGACGAAUGGCAGUAUGAUUUCCUACGAAUUCUAGCGAACAAAAGCAUUUAUCGAAUAUUCAAAUAUAUAACAUGAAAUAUGAAAUACAUUGAAUAUUCGAUAAAAUACACAUAGGUCGUGAGCAUCGAUUAAUAUCUUUUGUUUGUUUCUUCAUCCUAUGAUCGAUGAGUUUCUAGACAACUACAAAUUUGUUCAAUUUUCAAAUCUGCAUGCCAUAGGAUAACAAAGAAUAAACAGAAUUUUCUGUACAUUUCUAAAAAUGCGUUUCUGUAACUCGGAUUCGAAUUCGAAUUCCUUAACUCGUAUUCCAACUUUUUACCUUCAAUUCGAAUUUGGUAUUUUACAUUUAAAUUUGUAUUCGAAUGCCUUAACACGAAUCUUUUACUUUAAAUUUAAAUUUUAUUCAAUGUUUCUUGAUGCCAUAUUAUUUAUAUUUAAAUGUAUAUUUUAUACUGCAUAAGAGAUUUAGAGGAAGCGGACGAAUGGAACUGUAUAAAAACGUCGAAACGACAAAAUAAGGAAUAUAAUGAUACAUCGGAAUAUACACUUGUCUCUUCUUGUUGGUAUCCGUACAUGCAAAUCUUGUAAUUUAUACGUAAUUACUGACAAUCGCUUUUGUAUCGGGUAUCAUUUAUUUUUGCGUCUCCGCAAAAUUCCCAUUUAUUAUCAUGUGUUAUCACACAGUUGCAAACGUCAAUUCUACGUCUUUGCUUUAUUCUGUUAUGCAAUAUGUUAUUGUUUUAUAAGUUAUGAGAAUUUAAUAAAUAAUACGACUCUUUUUUUU